AAAAAAAUACCAAAUAAUGCAAUUUUAAUCCCAAAGCCCUAAUUUCUCUCUCUUCCCCUUGUUUCUGAAUUCGCUUUCUCCCAACCCUCAAACAAUGACGAACGCAGUUAUAGCUUCGUUCUAACCAGCCUCCGCUUAGUCGUGCAGCCUCCGCGAACUGUACUGUGACGAACCUGCAACCUGUAAACUGAACUUCAAGAACUUGGUACUGAGAAAAAUAGAACAAACGAAGCAAAUAGCUUGGAACAGAGUAAUACAAUGGGAACAACGAAGAACACCAAAACCCAAGUAAUCAAAAACAAACAAAACGACAAGAAAACCAUCGCUGAUGGAACCAACAAGGAAACCAAAUCAGACAACAAUAAUGUUUUUGCUUCUUGUUCAUUCUCUAGUCUUGGUCUUCACCCAACCUUAUGUGAUCAACUUCAUGAAAGAAUGGGUUUUGAAGGUCCAACAUUAGUUCAAGCUCAAGCUAUUCCUGUUGUUCUAUCUGGCCGUCAUGCACUGGUUAAUGCUGCUACGGGCACUGGGAAGACUAUUGCAUACCUGGCUCCAAUAAUUCAUCAUUUGCAGAGUUAUGAGAAGCGAAUUCAGCGCACUGAUGGAACAUUUGCGUUGGUUCUUGUACCAACGCGUGAGUUAUGUUUGCAGGUUCAUGAAAUUCUUCAGAAAUUAUUGCACCGGUUUCAUUGGAUUGUUCCAGGAUACAUUAUGGGUGGUGAAAGUAGAUCAAAGGAGAAAGCCAGGCUGCGCAAAGGUAUAUCAAUUCUUAUUGCAACCCCUGGGCGCCUUUUAGACCACUUGAAGAAUACAACAUCAUUCUUGUACACAAAUUUGCGAUGGAUAAUUUUUGAUGAAGCUGAUCGUAUUUUGGAACUAGGAUUUGGGAAAGAGAUACAAGACAUACUAAAUCUUUUAGGUUCAACGAAAACAGGUCACAAUGACCAAGCGAAUGCAGUUCCAAGUCCCUCUAAAUUUCAAAGACAGAACCUGCUUUUGUCAGCCACCUUAAACGAGAAAGUAAACCACCUUGCUAAAAUUAGCUUAGAGGAUCCAGUGAUGAUCGGCAUUGAUGAUAAAAUAAUGGAACCAACGUCAAAAAUUAGAUUUGAUCAUUCAGAUUCUGAUGAAGACAACGAAGACAAGAAUUCCAGUAAAAUACAAGCAGUUGGAGCUUAUAAAGUGCCUGAACAGUUAAUUCAGAGAUACUUGAAAGCACCCUGUGGAUCACGGCUUGCUAUACUUCUUUCAAUUCUAAAGCAUCUUUUUGAAAGGGAACCUUCACAGAAGGUUGUGCUAUUCUUUUCAACAUGUGAUGCAGUGGACUUUCACUAUUCUUUGUUAACCAAAUUCCUUUUUUCAUCAAAUCCACAAACCGAAGAAGGGAACAGACCGAUGUUUCUUGGAUGUAAAACUCUUCGGCUACAUGGUAAUAUGGAACAGGAAGAUAGGACACGGAGUUUUCAGGCCUUUAAAACUGAGAAAUCUGCCCUUCUUUUGUCUACUGAUGUUUCUGCCAGAGGCCUAGAUUUUCCGAAUGUUAGAUGUAUCAUACAAUAUGAUUCUCCGGGGGAAGCUACUGAAUAUGUGCAUAGAGUUGGAAGAACUGCUCGAAUGGGUGAAAGAGGAGAGUCAUUGUUAUUUCUGCAACCAAGUGAAAUAGACUAUUUACAAGACUUGGAGAAACAUGGUGUCUCGCUAGUUGAGUAUCCUCUCGUCAAAGUGUUGGAUAGUUUCCCAAUGUCUGCACACAAGAACAACAUAAAGAAAUCUGUUUUCAUAGACUUGCAUCCGUGGAUCAUGUGUCUCCAGAAGGCACUUGAGUCCUUCAUCUCAUCCAAGCCGAAGAUGGAGGAACUUGCGAAGAGGGCAUUUUGCUCUUGGGUUCGUGCAUACACAGCGCAUCGUGGAGAUCUGAAAAGAAUAUUUAUGGUUAAGAAACUUCACUUGGGACACGUAGCAAAAAGCUUUGCAUUGAAACAACAGCCCUCAUUAGUUGGAAAGUCAUUCCAAAACCAAACUAAGAAGAGAAAGAGAUUUGAAAAGAAAAAUGGGUCGUCGAAAACGAGAAAAGUUGCACGGAGUGUGAAGUAAUGCAGACCAUGAAAAUGGCUUAUAAAUUAUACUUUAUGUUUGAUUGACGAAGCAAAUGUUGUCAAAUGUUGACUAACAGAAUAUAAGAUUGACCUGAGAUCAAGCAUCAACAUAGCGCCAAAGGCAUUCUAAUUCAUCGACAGACAAGAAUGACACUAACAUGCUGCAUGUUUAUUUCUUCAUUUAGGAGUUCUUAAAACACGGUGGUUUCAACUCAAGAGAUUCUUCUCACAGAAUGGACCUCUGGAACGCGUCCCAGGUAAUGUCGAUUGUUGAAUGGUGUGUGGAUGUAUGAGAUUAUAAUUAUAAUUUUAUUUAGUUAUGGUUUUGGUGUUCUGUUUUGUAGGACUUGGAUUUCUCAUGUUACUUAGAAUUUUGUUUUGUUUUGCUAUGUUACUUGCACAAUAAAAUUUGAAGUAUUAUUAUGAAAAUGAUCGUGAUUUUACGA